GGGGCGCUGGUGUGGUUUGAUCCAGGCCUGGGCUACCCGAUCCCAGGGGAAGUGGUCGACCUCUCCCCAACACACAACGUCAUUAGCAUACGAUCCAACUAUGGCGAGAAGACGUACACAGGAAGCAUCUUGGUGGCAGUGAAUCCCUACAAGAUGUUUGACAUCUACGGACUCGACAUGGUGAAGAAAUACGAGGACAAGAUUCUCGGCCAGCUACCCCCCCAUCUAUUCGCGAUCGCCAAUGCUGCUUACACGACGAUGAGUCGCGACAGAGAAGAUCAAGUCAUUGUCAUCAGCGGUGUGAUAACUGGCGCGCAGACGAAGGAAUAUCUGCUGGAGAAAUCUCGCAUCGUGAAGCUGGCAGCGGGUGAACGUAACUACCACGUAUUCUACGAGAUGUUAGCCGGUCUGCCGCAGCAGCAGAAGGACAAGUACGGACUGCAAACUGUCGACAAAUACUUCUACCUAAACCAGCGAGGGGAAGAAGCGAUGAGGAAGACUUUCACAGCUGCUGUCGGCGCUGGAGGUGUUGGCUUCAGUAGCGAGGAACAGACGACGGUAAUUCGGCAUCCUCGCGUCCUGUGCUUCACGCUUGGCAACAUCUACUUCAACCGACUGCAGCAGACGCAUCAGCAGGAAGGCGUUGACCUUGGUAGCGACGUCGAGAUCAAAUGGACGAGCCACCUGCUAGGCAUCGACGAUAAAGGACUGGCGCAAGCACUGACCACCAAGAUCACGGAAGCGAGAAACGAGAGAGUGAUGACGUCAUUCAACAUCGACCAGGCAUUGGAUGCGCGUGACGCCAUUGCUAAGGCGCUGUACGCGCGUCUUUUCUGCUGGCUCGUGAAACGCAUCAACAGCAUCACGGGCAAGGGAGACAAGAGAACGUCUAUAGCCGUGCUGGACAUUUUCGGCUUCGAGGACUUUGCCGAGAAUAGCUUCGAACAGCUGUGUAUCAACUACGCGAACGAGACACUGCAGUUCUACUUCAACAAGCACAUCUUCCACAUGGAGCAGCAGGAGUAUGCGAGAGAGAAGAUCGCCUGGCAGCCGAUAGCAUUCACAGAUAACCAGGCUUGCAUCGACCUCAUCGCAAAGAAACCUAUCGGUAUCUUACACAUCCUCGACGAUGAAAGUAACUUCCCUAAGGCAACGAACGUCAGCUUUCUGGAGAAGUGUCACUUCAACCAUAGUACGACGGAUCUGUACAGUAGGCCCCGCAUGUCGGCACCGGAGUUUGCCGUAAGGCAUUACGCUGGCAACGUCUGGUACAACGUUGACGGAUUUCUAGACAAGAACAGAGACACACUGAGACUGGACGUCGUUGAUUUACUCAUCGGCAGUAAAAACCCGCUGAUAUCGAAGCUGUUUAAGAAGUGGAAAGACGAGGAGAUGCACAAGACCGUUAGUAAGCCGAACGGCCGCCACGUGGCGCUGAAGCCGCGUACACCGACGGUGGCAGCACGCUUCCAUGAAAGCCUGCUACUGUUGAGGAAUUCGGCCCACGGUGACGUUUCCGGGCACGAGUUUCGCAUGGUUCGAGACCCGAUACAGGCGCCAUUUCUUCCGAAGCAGUCCGAUGUCGACUACCAGGAUUCACUAAUGAUAUUCAAACUGGCUUGA